CCGUCUUAAUCAUUCGCAACAUACGUUUAUUUUUGCAAGUUUCUUUUUUCAAUUGAAUUUCAAGCAACUCCGCACCGAACUCCAAGACCAAGUCGAAUUCAUUUCACACAUUAUUACUUUCCUUCUGACUCGUUAAAAUUUCGCGGCUUCGGAUUCUUUUUGCAUGGGGGGCACAGCCUCUUCCCCGGCUGACCAGCCGCGUUUGAAGAGUUCUACUGGCACGAAGAAUCAGCACCCGGGCUAUUCUGGCCUGGAAGCGGUCUCCGGCGACUACAGCGAGGAGUUUCUCAAGCGACCCAAGGGGAGAAACGAGCAACUCUUCACAAAGUCGAUUUCUUCAUUUGCGCAAGAGGAAAGGUACGACCCAAACAUCGGCGCCGGGAAAGUCGCCAGCUUUCAGGACGAACGAAACCCGGCAUCCGACAACCUCGACGCCUUUCCGUACGAGCCGGAGGAGCGUUUUGACUCGGAGUACGAGGCUUCACAGUUUCUAGCGCCCGCGUCGUGGUCGUACAGCACCAAGCAACAAAGCACAAAGGGAGGACAGAGUCAGCGAUCCGGCAGCGCACCGGCCUCGGGGCGCCAGGCCGCUGCAACAGGGUUCGUGCCCUCUGCUCCACGGCAGCCCUCGGAGCGCACGCGGUCUAAAGGAACCACUCUCGCUUCAUCCGCUUCGCAGCCACCUGUUUCUUCGCAGCAGCAGAGCAGCACGCGCAGUGGCAUUCCUAGUGGAACUACAGAGCAGCCAGCGUCGACUUCUUUCUCACACAGUGUUGGGAUAGCUGCAGUACCAGUUGUUGUAUCUGUUCCUUUCCAGCAGCCUCUAGGUGGAUCUGUACAUCAGCAGCAACCACUAGCGAGUGGAAAGCCAGCCGCGGCUCCGGCGUCCUUCCGGAGCCGUUCUAGCGAAGUUAAGCGCGUCGAGCAGGCUUCAUCUUACACCUCCGAACAGAAGAACGCGAAACUCUCGGUGACUGAGAGCAGUGAGAAGGCCGGCACUCCUGCUCCAAGAAGUCGAUCGAGCGGGACCACAAGCUCAACACCAGCACCGGCGAUUGUUCCAUCCGCGCAGCCGCAGCGGUCUGUCGUCCAAGUAGCAGGAGAGCCAGCAGGCCCGUCCAGCGCGAAGCCCGCUGCUCCGGCGUCGUUUCGCACGAGUUUGAUUGCAGGGGGAGGUACUAGUACUACCGCGGCACAGGUGGAGCAACAGGACAACAAGAUGAAUUCCGACGGGGCAUUCCUCACCGACGAGGACGCGUAUGCUAGGAUGCUAAAUGCGCGUCAGUCGAAUCCGGAUGCGCCCCAGUCUCUCGUCCGCGCUCCGUCCGCCCGAAGCCGGGGUAGCAAAAGCAAAACAUCCGUCGGAAUGAACAACGUCGGCUUCGCCCAAGAUCAGUUGAGCAUGUCCCAAAUGGAAGCUUUUAAUGAAGAAGACGCGUACGCACUGAUGUUGAAUUCCCGCCAGUCUGAUCCCGGUGAGGCUCCGCAGUCCGCUGUCCAUAGCGUCCAAAAUGUUGGCGCGCCACAGUCAAACGCUGGGCGGGCAAGCAAAAACAAGGCAUCGAAAAAACAAGCAACCAUAGCGUCAGAGUUUGCACCACAAGACCCGAGCUCUGCAGGAGCUGUUCCGCCGAGUGCUGCUUUUCCGUUGUCCAACAAGACGAAUAAGCAGUCAGUGUUUUUUUCGGCUAAAAACGAGGCGACGCUAUCCAUGUGGGCGGACAACCCUCCGUCGCUCAACCAGCUUGGCCCGGGCGGUCAGGCCGUAGCGCUCACGAGCGAGGAGGUGGAUGCGAUGAUGCAAAGUGCUCGGGAAGAAAACUCGAAAAGCAUGUUCUACAGCAGAGUGCCAGCGCCGGUGUCUAUGAAAGGCAAAAAUCAGGACCAGCCAGGCAGUGCCGACUACAAUGCAGCAGCUGCCGUACCGGUACCAAUGAGCAAGAAUUCAGUCGGGCUCGGCGGACCUGGGUCGGUGACCUCGCAGAUCAAGGGUGCCGCCGCAAUGCCUUCCUCUGGCGGCUUUCGCGGCGUCAGCACGAAGCCAACCAGUCAAGCGCCGACGAGCGGGAAAGGGACAAAGAGCUUGCGAAGCGGCAAUAAAAUGCCAAACUUGAUCCCCGAUGACGCCACAAAUCUGCAGAAUAUGGGCUUCGACGAGGCCUCCAAGCACGAUUCCUUCGACCAGAAUUCGUAUCUCAGCAUGCAGGGAGCUUUUGCGAGGGCAGACUCGAAGCAAAGCAACAAAGGAGGCAAAAACAUGGCCACGAAAGCCGGCCCGUCGAGCACGAAGUCCAACGUUUCCAAUCCCGCCUACACUACGCAGAAGCAGACGCGGUUCAUGAGCGACUCCAGUCUGGAAUCAGCCCGACUAAUCCCCGCAGGAGCCGUAUCCCACGGAAAAACUGUCUCAGUCUCAACCUUUUGCAGACUCAGAAAGAACACGUCUGUCAUGCGUCAUAUAGCAAACAACAGGAACAGAAUAGAAAACACAUGUAACAUCAAAGACUAAGACUCCCUUUCUUGCAUGUCCAGGGGGACCACAAAAAAAACUAUCUCAAUAUCAAUUAGGAAAUGGCACAGCACAUUCUGAGACUCGUGAGACAGCUUUGUCAUCUUUCGAUAAGUCGCCACUGGAGGGCUGAGCAGUGGCGGUCCUGGGAGCGUUAUCGGGGCUCCGAUCAUGUCCUCGUACGGCUAUCUCGGUAUGCCGGUCAACCGUAAUUCCAGGGGGAUGCCGACGCUCACGCCGGGAGGUGGCUAUCCCGGGGGCAUGAUGACGUACAGCUACCAAGGACAGCGAAGGAUUGGUGCCCGGGACGACGAGGUGCCGGAGCUGUGCUGUGACUGCUGUGCCUUUUUCUGCGAAACCCGGGCAGAUAGACGGGAGGUCCGCAGGCUACAGAGGCACGGAACGAUGGAAUCAGCUUACGUAAACCUCUCUCAGCUUUCAUUUUUGUUUCCCUGUUCUUCUCGUUAGAAUCUUAUUAGGAAGUAGAUUCUUGUUGCCUUUUCGAACUCGAGGUUUGGUUUCACUCACUUGAGAAGAAGUAGAUUAAGGUGUGUGAAGAUGCUCCAGACAAGUAGAAGUACGAGCUGAAACAUAAAUCAUAAUCAUGUGAUAUUUUUUCUCAAACUCCUGCGACAAAUCGAAAUCACUAUCACAGGCCGAGCCGACGAGCGAGCACACGGGUAUGUGGCACUCGCAGUUUUUCAACGCACAGGCGGCGGAUUUGAAGGAGUUGCGGCGGCUCGAGGAGUAUGGUGUCAUGAUGUCACGCGUGUACGAGGGCGAGGACUAUAACGAAUUCAACCGGUACCACAAUUCCUGCUACCGGUGCAUCCUGGUGGCUCCCUGGCCAAUGAUCGUCCAGCUCAUUUGUUGUUUCGUGGUCGCUAUCGCGGUGCAGAUAAGAAUGGGACAGAUGGGCAAACCAGACUACGGGUUUUGCGGUUGGGAUUUUGCCGAAUACAAUUGAGUGGCUACUACUUCUUGCGCUCCAUUGUCAUGAUCACUUUCGUCCGGAGCCUUCUGAUAAUUUGGCGAGUGAAGAUUGAUCUUCUUGUUGUAAAAAAUGCGUCGCGUUUGACUUAUUUCGGUGUAACGGUACAAAGCAAAAAAUGUCGAGUACUUGCUCGUCAUAUUGUACAAUCACGACAUCAGUUUGAGACUGCCUAGGAUUCAUUAUUUUCCAAUAGAUUUAUAGCUGAGUGAGUUUUCCAUUUGUGGUUUUUUUCUUACAGUAGAAGCAGAUCCCCGCUGAUCUUUUCAUGCUUGUUGUUUUCGUUCAUUACACAUUUAUUUCCAUUUGCAACGCUGACUCAGGAGAAAGCGCACAGCUGUGCCUUUCAACGUGGUAUUUAUUCACUUUCUUACACCCACUUGUACUAGCUACGCGUUUAUUUUUUCUCACAAUUUUGCACAUGUACUUGCACACGAGUUACUGACGCUUGCAUAUCAGUUGUAGUGCCUAGAAUUAGUGAACAAGUUACAUUUCAUCCGCAAGUCCACCAAGAGGUUGUGAUUUCCGUUGACGAGGAAUCCAUGAAAAGUACUUGGGACGAGAAUGAGGAGUAGACUUGCCCCGGAUUCAGCGCGCGGGUGGACCUGCUGAAUCUUCUUAACUCUAAUUUUAUUGCGGGAGUGAAACUGAACGACGUC